AUGCGCAAGACAGUGACUCUGACGAGGAGAAUUACUCCUGGUUUCAUUCAGCUGGAAGUAAUGAUACACCGACGGGUACUCCACCUAGACGUAAUAGCAAAUGAGGGGGGAGAUGAGAAAGAAAAUCAGGUGAAACAAGGAUCUGAAUCUUCAUCAGAAGAUAAAGAGAAAAUAAUCGAGGAUCUUGAUACAGAAAUUCUACAAGCGCUGGGUAACCGAUUAAUUACCGAGCGAGUUUUGGGUCAGCCUAUACCCAACAGCAUUACGCUACGAUUGAGUGAUAUUUUGAAAAAAGGGUUGCCAAAGGGAGAAAGAGAAAAUUUACUUAAAGAUAAUGCUCCACCAAAGAAUUGCGUCAUCAUAGACCCACCUAAACUUAAUGAAGAAAUUAAAAAAUUGCUAAGCGAAGCUUCGAUGAAGAGCGACGAAAGAAUAGUCGAAAAACAGAGAAAGAUUACAGUUAGUUUGGCUCUCUUAUUGAGUGCUAUCACCGAGAUAAUUAAGCAGAACAGGAAGUUAUCUUCCGCACAACUUGCGUUGGUUAAGAAACUCAGCGAAUCCGCACGUUUAAUGGUUGACGUACAGAGAGAUGAAAUCCUCACUCGUAAGAGAGUGAUCAUGGCCAUCAUAGAUCAGUCUCAUAAGACUGUUCUGGAAUCCACACCCGCGGACGAAUGGUUAUUUGGGGACAAAUUAAGCGAGAGACUGAAAGCGGAUAAGAUUCUUGGGAAAUCCGGACAAGAGUUGAAAAACAAAAAAAUUGAAGAAUUCUGAA